AAAGCAUUUACCUAAGGCUGGAUAGUGUGAGACCAUGCUAUUGAUGUCACUUCUGGUACUGAUGCUAAUUCAUUGGAGUGCAGCAGUACCUGUGAGAAGAGAAGUCUACAGAAUGCCACAAAAUAUGCUCAAAGCUCUCUCAAAUAAGGGCACAGUGGUGAUGGAGGCAGCAUUGGUCCGUGCUCUUACUGCCAUAGAUCAGGCGAUAGCAGACAGGAGCAGGGUAGAGGCCAGCUGCAUGGGCUGCAUGCCUUGUCUGUUUCAGGACUGCGGACAGCACACCGAAACAUGUGGAUCUGCAGAGUCUGUAUUAAUGGAACCGACUUGUGAGAUGAUGAGACAAACUCAAAGUUUGUCUGAAGAGGCUGAGAGAAGAUGGGCUCUAAGUCAAAUGUGUGGGUUUUACAAACGUCACUGCUCUACCUCAGAGCUUUACUCUGACUCCUGCAUCAGGAUCAUGGGAGAGAGCUGCAGCUCCAGGCUAUUACAAUGUAGUCUCAUUAAUGCUAUGCAGAAUUUAGAACCAGCCAUAGAGACCAGGACAAAGGCUUUGUGUGGGCAAAGGGUUCAAGGUGUAAAGACCCCUACACAGCCACGCUCACGGAUCAUGGGUGGCUCUCAGGCGCCCCGUGGCAGCUGGCCUUGGAUUGUCAACCUGCAGCUGAAUGGAGCUUUGAUGUGUGGAGGAGUCCUGUUGGACAGCUCCUGGGUACUCACUGCUGCACAUUGCUUCGCUGGAAGUCAAAGUGAGCAUUACUGGACAGCUGUAGUUGGAGAAUUUGACAUCACUAAAGCAGACCCUGAUGAGCAGGUCAUGAAAGUCAACCGCAUUAUCACACACCCAAAGUUCAACCCAAAUACAUUCAAUAAUGACAUUGCCCUGGUGGAGCUGAGCUCUCCUGUGGUUUUGUCAGAGCGUGUAAUGCCUGUGUGUUUGCCUUCUGACCCUGAGCCUCCCCCUGGAGCACCAUGUCUGGUGGCUGGAUGGGGCUCACUUUAUGAAGAUGGUCCAGCAGCUGAUGUAGUAAUGGAGGCAAUAGUUCCUCUGCUGUCUCAGAAUACAUGUAAAAUUGCCUUGGGCAAGCAGUUGCUCACAAGCACCAUGUUCUGCGCUGGCUAUUUGUCCGGUGGUAUCGACUCGUGUCAGGGAGAUUCUGGUGGGCCACUGAUUCUCCAGGAUCUUACUUCAGGGAGGUUUCAGUUAUAUGGUGUAACAUCAUGGGGUGAAGGCUGUGGUGAGAAAGGCAAACCGGGAGUAUACACUCGGGUUGUGGCUUACAAAGAUUGGAUCCUUUCUGAAAUCAAAAAAUCAUUUAGAAGCAGGGAACCUACAUGUGCAGAGCUUCUGAAGACUUCAGAGCUGUCAGAGGAGCAGCGCAUGUCUGAGUUCACCUCACUAUGCCAUUUCUACAUGCUGAGCUGCCCGAUAACCUUGGACCCAUCUGGGUGCCAGCGCCUAGCUCAGGACAACUGUCAGAGCCGCUUCGAAAAAUGUCAAUUGCAUUUGUUUCUGCAGACCCUGUUGGAUCUGUUGCAAAGGGCAGAUGAUUACUUUCGAGAUAAAGUGGACCUAACUCUCUUCAUCCAGAGUCUUCCCCAGCUGGUAGAACAUGUCUACAGUUCCUCAGUCCAUGUGCGAACAAGAAGACAAACCCUUAAAACAGUUUUUGCUCAAAGGAGGCACAGAAGGCAGCUGCUUGGUGGACAGCUCCAUGAAGCAGUGUGUCCUGGGGUAGCAAAGUUAGCACAGCAGGUCAUUGUUACCAAGGAGAUGUACAACUGGAUUCUAAACAUCACACCAAGCAACCUCAACAUGAACUUCCAAGAGAUUCUGGUUGACAUCAACACGAAAAAUGAACAUGGUCUAUAUGAAGCACGUGUCAAAGCAACAGUAGGCGGACAUCCUUUGAGCUUCUACAGUCUUGUGGGACUGGAGAAUGAUUCAUUUUAUAGGAGCAUGCCACACAUCAUUGCUCUAGCACUUGAUGCGCUAAAAACCCAAUGA